UGUGCAUCUCCCCGCGGCCGGGUUGGCGCACCAGUUCAAUGUUCAAGCGCUGCGCGGGCGCACACCCCACGAGGCCGUAACAACGCGCGGUAGUCUGACGCGUUUCAAACACGACACUAGUAUACGAUCUAACUGGCACACAAAUAUUUUUUACGAACCAACAAACGAACUAGUUAGUGAACUGUGUUUGUUUAAACCUAUAUUAAACAGUUUGUUUAGGAGUUUGGUGAACUCUUCCAUUAUUGAGUUAAAAAUAAUAUGUGACGGCAAAUUUGUGUCACGUCAAGUGCGUGUUAGGGUCUGAAGUGGAGUUUGGACUAGUUAGAGAUGCACACUAUGGAUACCUUGGGCUACGGCCACAAGAAGUACCGGCCACCGCUCUCCCCGAGCAACUUCUACCAUCAUGACUACUACUCCAGGCACACAACUCUGCGGCCACAGAGCGAAUAUCGUUUCGCGGGAAGUGCAUACGCUCGAACCCCGAGCAGCAGCCGCAGCGGCGGGCUGUGCUCGGCAGCGCUAGUCGGCGGAGCGCUGUUCGCUGCUGUUGCUGUACUGGCUGUCGCUGCACUCGCUUUCUACAUGGGUGCUCUACGCCCUGAUAACGGGGAACCAAUAAUGACAUUCGAAGGCACGUUACGUGUAACGCGAGGGGAUGUGUAUGGAGGAGUACCCGGCAGCCCGGCGUGGCGCGAGCGGGCGCGGCGGUAUAGCGCUAGUUUACGCCAGGUGUUUGCUGCACCAUCAUCUUUGAGACAGGCCUUUGCUGGAGUUCUCGUAACUGGCUUUGGUGAUCGGCGCCUCGAUGUACACUUUAGAUUAUAUCUCGAUCGAAGAAAAAUACCAAGUUCUGUAACAAACAUAGAAGAGACUUUAAAAAGCAUCUUAGUUCAAGAUUUACUUUCAAAGCAUUCAGCAUUUGGACAAAUAAAAGUUGACACUUCAAGUAUUAUCAUUAAGAGGGAUUUAGAACAUACAUAUCAUUCUGAACAAUAUGUAAAAGAAGCAAUGAAUGAAAGCAUGGCAAUUAACAAUGUUAAGGUUCAAACUCCUCCAAAUAUGAAAGACAAAACCUUGCAGAGUCGAAUAGGUGUCGUCCGCAAAACAACGAUAAAACCAAAUCAAUCCUCUAAAAAUGGCGAUCCAGAUGAACCUGAUAUCGAUACUGAAAAUAUACCAGUAGUUCAAGGGUCAUUUCAAAUAACUAAAACAGAAGCAGACAUAACGGAAAAUAAACACAGCGUUAAUCCGUCCCGAGUUGAAGAAAAAGGAAACAGUAAAGGUUUUUCAACUGCGAGAACAAGUACCACUACUAGAUCUUCAACAACAAAAUCUCCAUUCCGAGUCACUAACAAAUUUUCGACUACUACGGCAAGAAAUCGUCCUCUCACAAUUAAAUCAACAUUAAAUAUUAAACCAAAGAUUGAAGAGAACCCUAAUAAACAGGCAGAAUUAAACACACGUAAAUCGGUGGUUUCGACAACGACAACAAUGAAAUCAACUUUAUUACCAAAAAUUACGACAACAUCGACAACAACAAUAGCAGCAACUACAAAAAAUGUAUCACAAAUUUUGUUUGAUCUUCUUACAAAUGAAAAUCAUGAUAAAGAUUUGCCAAAAAUUGAUACAUUAUUUACUGUUCCUCAUGUAAUCGAUAACGAGCCAUGGAGACCUAUAACAAGGCCAUAUUUUGAAACCACAAGCAAAGAACCAGUAUCUCAAGAACCAGUAACAGAACGAGGUGCAAAUGACAGAAUCGGAGUAGCAGAAGUUGUUGAAGAUGCGUCUUUAUUAGAAAGUAUGCUAAGUCCAAUACCUCCCGCCAAACAAAGAGACAAGACUACACGCAGGCCUUCGGGCUUGUACAAUAUAGAUCCCCAUUUAGGUGCUGAUGUGUACAUACAUAGUCCAGUUUACACUAGUUUUACUCUUCCUGCUUUUCUACCUCCACAUAAGAAUAUGGAAACUCUCGGUUCAAGUUUUCCAAAACCUCAUCCUUUGCCGGUUGACAAGAUAAGCAGUGUUGUCGAAAUACCAGAUGAUAAACGUCGUGUUGAUGAUAAUGAGGGUAAACCUAUCGAAAGGCCACCUAAAGACAAAACUACAUCUGUCACUAUUAAUGUUAUACAAUUUGAUCAAUAUGAUAACAGUACUGAAAAAGUGUCUAUAGAUGGUAUGUCGAUUGUAAAAAAACAAAACACAACUACAGGUUUCAUAAAAAAUACAACAACAAAAAGUACAACGAAAAGUGACGAAAUAAAUACCACUCCUAUUGUAGACAUUUCGACAAAUAAACCUUUCGAUAAUCAAACAAAAGAUCAUGGAAAAGAAAACACUACUAAACGCCCAAAUAAUAAGGUAUCCAUAAUACCUUCCACUGGUUUACCACAUCACACUUGGGAACUGGUGAACACUUCAACAAAUAAUAAUGAUACUAUACUGAAAAAUUCACCUCAUAAAUACUAUAAUGACACAUUACAAGCGAUAAUAACAAAAAAUGAAGCAGUUAUUCAAAAUACAACUCCUAGAUUUCCAAGUAAGAUUGCUAUUUUACGAAAUUUAACGGAUAUCAUAAAAAGAUUUUCUCAAAAUACAUCAGAAAAACAAAAAGAACAUUCAACACAACAUGCAAUAAAAACAAGUACUGAAACAGUAACUACAGAAGCCGAAAACCGUCAUGUCCAAAAUGAAAUGACGGUACGUACAGAAACCGAAAACCGUCAUAUCCAAAAUGAAAUGACGAUAAGUACAGAAACCGAAAACCGUCAUAUUCACAAUGAAAUGACAGGAUACGUAGAAGUAGUAUCAGAUGAAGAACUUGAGACAACUACCGCUAGAAUUAUAACUUUGAUGCCAGCUAAAUCAAAUUUAGGCUUCAACCGGCCCCUACGACCUAGGCCGAAACCUGAACCACAAGGAACGAAAGAAGAUAAACGGAGUUUUUUAAAUGAAAAUUCAGAAACAGAAUCAUUACUUGAUCAUGAAAAUAUUGAAGAUGUUAUUCAUAAUUUAUCUGAAACUAUUCCAGAAGCUUCAGAAGUCGUAACAACCUCCACGAGCAUGGAUAAUGUCAAUAUAGAAAAUAUUCAUCGCACAAAUAGGAGUGCGUCCUUCAGAAUGCCAGAAACAUUCGGCAAUCCUUCUAGUGGAAAUAGGCUCCCUAAAUCUAAUGAUGAUUUAAUGUAUUCAAGUAGUGAUAAUUUCAUAAAGGACGUGUUGGAAAACACUAACAAAUCACAAAUACCAGAAGGAACUUAUAGAGUGUCAUAUCAUGUAACGGGAAGCGUGAGUACGAAACAAGCAAACAAAACACAACAGCUGCCAGCGUAUGAAUUGACUUUAGAACCAGACGUCAUACUAGAAAUACCUGUAAAUCAAACCUCUGCUUUAACGGCAGAUAAACUACGACAACUUGCAAGUUUAGCAACUAUUUCGAAUUUUAACAAUAAUAGCUUAUUUCGAGCCCCAGGAGGAAUAAUUUCAACAAAAGCGAUACCAUCAAGCUAUACAUUAAAUUCAGCCGGGUUUAAAAUAUUGACCAAAACGUAUAAUAAAAUGCAUACAUCAAAACAAGAUGAAAAUAAUUUCGACAAGCCAGAAAAAACAUAUAGUAAACCUCUAAAAUUCAAAGAUGAAGUAUUUGAACAUAUUGAAAUAGAACAGAGUUGCAACAACGAAACAUCUUUUUUAUGUGCUAGCGGUGAAUGCAUUCCUGUCACAUCUCGAUGUAACAGAUUAUUGGAUUGCCCCGGCGGGGAAGAUGAACGGGCGUGUUCGUGUGCAGAUUAUUUAAGGGCUGAGUAUUCACAAUCAAAAAUUUGCGACGGGUUUGUUGAUUGCUGGGACUAUUCUGACGAAAUUAACUGUGAAUGGUGUGAAGAAGGUCAAUUUGUAUGUUCUAAUGCGCGGCAAUGUGUAGAAAUGACAAAGGUUUGCGAUGGAACACCAGAUUGUCCGCUCGGAGAUGAUGAAAAGAGUUGUGUCGCUUUAGGUGAUAAUAUAGACGACAAUGAGGUCAUUCCUUACAACGAAGAAGGGUUUGUUAUGGUGCGUAAGCGUGGUGUAUGGGGCAGAUUAUGUGUUGAAAACUUCGAUGAUGUAGUAACGCAAGCUCAUAGCACUCUUAAAUUACCGGAUCUAGGCAGAGCUGUUUGUCGAGCCAUGACUUUUCAUGACUCUCCUUGGGUACGCGAGGCACGAGAGGGUCGGAAGGCCAGUUCUGUAGGAUACUGGGAAGUGUGGCACAAUGCACACGCGCGCGCAGCUGAUACACGUCUCACAUUUAAACGUUCAUCGUGCGCCCGGCACCGAGCUUUGCGAGUUCGUUGCAAGGACCUAGAAUGUGGCAUCCGUCCACAUGCAGAUGCACAACAACCCAGGGCAGUUACUUACGAGCGCGUGCGGUGGGGCAGGGUGGUGGGCGGCGGCGGCGCAGCUGCAGGCGCCUGGCCGUGGCAAGCGGCACUCUACCGCGACGGAGACUUCCAAUGUGGUGCUACCCUCGUUUCAGCUCAAUGGCUGCUCUCAGCCAGUCACUGUUUCUAUCAAGCAACAGAAGCUCACUGGGUGGCUCGUCUGGGCGCAUUGCGUCGCGGUGCGUGGCCUCGCGGACCCUGGGAGCGAGUGGCGAGAGUGCGUCAAAUCGUCUUGCAUCCUCGAUACGCACCACGAGGUUUUAGGAACGACAUAGCGAUGUUACGCGUCGAUCCGCUGCCGUUGCACGCCCGUUUGCGGCCCGCCUGUCUGCCUCCUCUGAGGGCCCAGCCGCCCGCUGGACACCACUGCACGGUCGUUGGAUGGGGUCAACUUUAUGAACACGAACGUGUCUUUCCGGAUACGCUACAAGAGGUCGAGUUGCCAGUGAUCUCAACAGCAGAGUGUCGACGACGAACACGACUACUACCUCUCUAUCGUGUCACUGACGACAUGUUCUGCGCUGGCUAUGAGCGCGGUGGACGUGACGCGUGCCUUGGAGACUCAGGCGGACCGCUUCUGUGCCAGGAGGCUGAUCGUUGGUACAUUUACGGGGUGACAAGUAACGGCUACGGAUGCGCGCGUGCCAACCGCCCCGGUGUCUACACGAAGGUUUCUAAUUACAUCGAAUGGAUAGACAGUGUCAUGGCUACUUUCACGCCCGAGAAAAACGAAACUUUUCCCUCGAGCGACGAGCAAUAUUCCAGUGAAGAUUUCUACUCAGAUUUGGAAGCAGCAGAGAAUAAACGAAUCAUCCACAAAGUAUAUGACUCUUGUAAGGGGUUCAGGUGUCCACUCGGUGAAUGCUUACCGGCUUCUAGCGUUUGUAACGGAUUUCUAGAAUGUUCCGAUGGCAGUGACGAAUGGAAAUGCAGUGAAAAUUCGAGUAGAUAUAACCCAGACUGAGUCAGUACUGUAUAUAUUUAAUAUAAGCCAGUAAUAAUAGAAUAAAAUUAUUCAAUUUCGACUGAUACUACAUAAGUAGAGUGUAAGAUAUUAUAUGCUAAUUACAACGCAAGGAAAAAUCAAGUGAGCUGAAUAUCUGUAAUUUUUUUUUUUAAUAUUAGAGAUCGUGUAUGCCAUGAACAACGGGCUUGUAUAUAUAGCUUUAAUUAUUGUAUUGCCCACUCUGUUGCAUUGAUUAUGCUACUUUAAAAUAUUUAUUUAAAAAUUAUGGACAACCUUUUCCGUUUGAGUUAACAGUUCAAAUGGACGAUGUAGGCCAUGAAUAAAUUAAAUUUGAAAUUUA